GCCGAAUCUUUCGCGGUUCGAUUUGUUGAUUUUCUGUGAAGACGGCAGCAGCAUGGCAAGUCGUGAAGUGCUCUCGGAGGCGACGAGCAUCCAUGAGGGCCCGGUGCCCACAUACCUCCUCGACCAGAUCGCCGGCCAAGUGGGCGCCCACGACGGCUCGGGCGAGAAGGUGGCGGAUUUUCUCCUCGGGCGCAUGAACAAGAGCAACGCGAACGUGCGCCUCAAGGCGUUGCAAAUCAUCAGCCAUUGCCUCAAGUGCAACAACCAAGGCUUUCUCAACGUCGUCCGCGAAGACGAAGAAGACAUCCAGCAGCUUGCGAAUGGCCCAUUGGACCCGUCCAUUGGCGAUGAAAAGACCCGCCGUAUUCGAACGACUGCCCAGGAGAUCCUCACGUUCUUGAACGGCGGCGCGGCCCCGAGUGGCAGCCCCAUGACGCAGAGCCCGCAGCCAGGCUACGGUGCCAACCGAUCGUCGCAGUACGGAGGGUAUGGCGGUCCGCCGCAGGGGUAUGGUCAACAAGCCGCGCCUGUGUGGGGCAACAGCAACAGCAGCAACAGCAGCAACAGCAAUGGUCCUAGCUACGGCGGCAGCCAGUACCCGACACCUGGUCAGCCGGCCCCAUAUGGAAACCAAGCGCCUGGGCAGUAUGACCAGCGCCCGGCACCGUACAGGGAUUCGAGCCAAGGUGCCAGCCCGUACCGCGAGCCGUACCCGUCCUCCGGGCAGCAGACGUGGGGCAACAACGGUGCGGCACCGGCGCAGCAGCGACCUUCCUUUGGCGGUGGCGCGACCACGACAACGUGGGGCGCCUCAAACGCCAGUGCUCCUACUGUGCCGCAGUACGGCCAGCCGACUCCUCCCCAGUAUGGCCAGCCGACUCCGCCUCAGUAUGGCCAGCCGACUCCGCCUCAGUAUGGCCAGCCGACUCCGCCUCAGUAUGGCCAACCGACUCCGCCUCAGUAUGGCCAGCCGACUCCGCCGGCGUACGGACAUCGCUCCAGCACGUCGAGUUCAAUUGGUGACGGCGCGGCUUCGGUCUCGGGCAACGCGUCCGGUGUCUGGGGCAAAGGCGGCUUUGAGCGACGCGAGUCACAGGCCAACGAUCCCAACAACAUUCGAUGGAGCAGCUCCCGGGACAACCGCCCGACAGUCCUUGUCGGUGCCAAGAGCUCGAUGUUUGGCCCAACGCGGUCGAUGCCGUCGGUUGGCAACCCGAUGAUGCAGGGCAGCGGUCUCUCGGGCAUCGGCGUCGGUAUGGGCGUCGGUGGCAUGAGUGCGCCGCCCGCCCCGUUUGCGUCGUCUGGCCCGCGCCUCCCGACCUCGAGCCUCCCGGUGCAAGACAAGCCGUCCACUGCAUUUAGCCAAAAGCUCGAUGUCAUCAAGAAGAAGGGCAUGGGCGUCAUAGACAUGUGGGACCGCCGCAACAUGGACAAGGAGAUGGCGUCGUCCUUGGCCGAGCACGACGACUACGUGCAAACUGACAUUCGCGCGAUGGACCGGGGUGCCACGUACAACCCGGGUGUGACCAUGGGCAGCUCGGACAAGAGCGGCGACUAUGAACGCACGUUGAUUGACGACUUGUGCCCGCCGGGCGGUCUCGCGCGCGCGCCGCCGUCGGAAAACCUCAAGCGCUUUGUCGACUUGGCCAAGACGCUCGACAUCCACACGAUCGGCGAGCUCCUCCUCGACAAACUCGAGGACAAUUCGUGGAUGGUGCGUCUCAAGGGCCUCUGCGUCUGGGAAGCGCUGCUUGAUGCGCCCGGCUGCUCCCACUAUGGCGACUGGCUCGAAGAAAACAUUGAGCUCGUCCAGCACCUCACGCAAGAUCGCAAGUCGCAUGUCGCGAUCAAGGCCAAGCAAGUGCUCACGCUCCUUGGGAUUGAUGUCGGCGACCUUUCGGCGGCCGCACCCAAGCAGUCGCCGGCGCGCGCGUCCCGCCCAUCGGCCGAAGUCGACAUUCUCGGACUUGGCAUGGGCGGUCUCUCGGUCGAGACGGCGCCAAUGCAGUCGCCCGUCCAACCGCCGCCUGUUGCGGCGACGCCACCACCGAUGGUGACACAGAACCUCUUGAGCUUUUCGCCGCCAAUGCAGCCGACGCCGGCUCCGGCCAUCGUGCCGCCGUUGAUGGCCACACUGCCGCCAGACGCUACCCGGUCGCUGAGCGACUUUGGAAAGGACCUUUUUACCCUCGCCAACUCACCGCGCGCACAGCAAGCGGCGACGCCGAGCGGCGAAAAGUCGGCCUUUUCGUUCAUGUAGAUUCCCUAACCCUUUCCGACAACAGCGUCGUCUACUAUGUUUUCCAGUA